CAGAAGCUCACACCUCUCUACCUCAUGGCAACAGAAAACGGAGCAGCGGAGCUGGGAAUCCAGAGCCCGACAGCAGAUAAGACACCUAAAGGUGCCUCAGGCGAAGGACCAUUGGCUGCAGAUAAAAAAGAUCCUGGCCCCCCAGACCAAAAGAAAGAUCCUGAUCCAUUCAACCUGAAGAAAGAUGCCAAAGCUCCUGCCCCAGAGGGAUGGCCAGAGAACCAUCCCUUAACUAGCAGCCAGGGCCCCAAGGGAGAGGGUGACAAGGGUGGGGGUCCUGCGGAGGGCAGUGCUGGGCAGCCAGCAGCCCUGCCCCAGCAGACUGCAACAGCCGAGGCCAGUGACAAGAAGCCCAGUGCUGAGCAGGCAACAUCAGGCAACAAGGACCCUGGAGAGCCCAAGGUGGGCAAGAAGGCCACAGGGGGUCAAGCAGCAGCCAGGAGGGGCUCACCUGCCUUUCUGCAUAGCCCCAGUUGCCCUGCCAUUAUCUGGAGCUCUGAGAAGCUGUUGGCCAAGAAGCCCCUGAAUGAAGCAUCAGAGCUCACCUUUGAAGGGGUGCCCGAGACCCCGAGGCCCAUGGAUCCCAGCCCAGCCAAGGUAGAAGGAGGAAAGAACACCCCGGCAGGGAGCCAGAAGGAAGCAGGAGAGAAAGCCCCAGGCCAGGCUGGCCAGGCUAAGGUGCAAGGGGACACCUCGAGGGGGAUCGAGUUCCAGGCUGUUCCCUCAGAGAGACCGGAGGUGGAGCAGGCCCUCUGUCUCACAGCCAGGGAGGAGGACUGCUUCCAGAUUUUGGAUGACUGCCCACCACCCCCAGCCCCCUUUCCCCAUCGCAUCGUGGAGCUGAGAACUGGAAACGUCAACAGUGAAUUCAGCAUGAACUCCAAGGAGGCGCUGGGAGGAGGCAAGUUUGGAGCAGUCUGUACCUGCACAGAAAGAGCCACAGGCCUCAAGCUGGCAGCCAAGGUCAUCAAGAAACAGACCCCCAAAGAUAAGGAAAUGGUGAAGCUCGAGAUCGAGGUCAUGAACCAGCUGAAUCACCGCAAUCUGAUCCAGCUCUAUGCAGCCAUCGAGACCGCGCAUGAGAUCGUCCUGUUCAUGGAGUACAUCGAGGGCGGCGAGCUCUUCGAGAGGAUUGUGGAUGAGGACUACCACCUGACCGAGGUGGACACCAUGGUGUUUGUCAGGCAGAUCUGCGACGGGAUCCUCUUCAUGCACAAGAUGAGGGUUCUGCACCUGGACCUCAAGCCAGAGAACAUCCUAUGUGUCAACACUACAGGUCAUUUGGUGAAGAUCAUUGACUUCGGCCUGGCACGGAGGUAUAACCCCAAUGAGAAGCUGAAGGUGAACUUUGGGACCCCGGAGUUCCUGUCACCUGAAGUGGUGAAUUAUGACCAGAUCUCUGACAAGACGGACAUGUGGAGCCUGGGUGUUAUCACCUACAUGCUGCUGAGUGGCCUUUCCCCCUUCCUGGGAGAUGAUGACACAGAAACCCUAAACAACGUUCUGUCUGGCAACUGGUACUUUGAUGAGGAGACUUUCGAGGCUGUAUCAGAUGAGGCCAAGGACUUUGUCUCCAAUCUCAUCGUCAAGGACCAGAGGGCCCGGAUGAGCGCUGCUGAGUGUCUUGACCACCCCUGGCUCAACAACCUAGCUGAGAAAGCCAAGCGCUGUAACAGACGCCUCAAGUCCCAGAUCUUGCUUAAGAAAUAUCUCAUGAAGAGGCGCUGGAAGAAAAACUUCAUUGCUGUCAGUGCUGCCAACCGCUUCAAGAAGAUUAGCAGCUCGGGAGCACUGAUGGCUCUGGGGGUCUGA